AUGGAGAUUUUUGGGAAGCUGGAGAUCAACCUACCGUUCUUACAAGCAUUGAAAUUGCCCCCGUUCAGCAGAUUUAUAAAGGAUUUCAUAGCUGGGAAGGGGAAAGCUGACGGGAAGAUAGUGAUUGGGGAAAGUGUGUCCGCUGUUAUCCAGAAGAAGAGACUUCCUAGAAAACGAACCGACCCUGGGAAGUUUACCCUGCCGAUCGUCAUUGGGGACGUGAGUAUUGAACAUGCUCUGUGUGACCUGGGGGCUUCCAUCAAUGUACUGCCUUUUUCGGCAUACAAAAGACUAACUGGUGUCAGACUGGUGGAUACAAAGGUACUCAUUCAACUAGGAGACAGAUUAUGCAUAAACCCCGAAGGAGUUCUGGAAAACGUAAUAGUGAGGGUGCACAAUUUCCUUUAUCCGGCGGACUUUAACGUGAUUAGUAUGAAUGAGUCAGAGGUUGGAGAAUCAAGUGGAGUGUUGUUGGGAAGACCGUUUCUCAGGACAGCAAAAACUGUAAUUGAUGUCAGUGACGGCACGAUUUGCCUUGACUAUCAUGAAGAGAAGUUCACAUUCAACAUUGAUGAAGCCAUGAAGAAGCUAUUAGACAUUGAGAAUUUACAUUCUCUAGAUGUCAUUACCCUGUUGGUUCAGGAGUUCCUAGAAAUUGAGCUUCUACAGGAACAACUUGAGGCUUCUGAGUUGAGUGACUCCAUUGAAAAGGGUGGUGCGAGGCGCUGA